GCUGCCAGUGAGCGUUUUUCUCAAAUCUCGCGAGAUCUGAAACUGGAGUGGAGAAGCGACGUGAUCUCAUUGCGAGGCGAAGUGGAGUUAUUUGUAUUAUCGAAGAGAAGAGGGAGGGCAGCUAUCGUUUCUCUGAGGGGGUGUGUGUUUGUGGGGCAACGAGUGCUGCGUGCGUGCGUGCGUGCGCGCGCGUGUAUGUGUGUGUGUGUGUAUAUGUGUGUAUGCAAGCAAGCAAGCAAGCUGGCGGAAUUCAACAUGGCAUCGGGCGAAACGCUGUAUAUCGAGACAGACGGCUCGGAGAUGCCGGCUGAAAUAGUGGAACUUCACGAAAUAGAAGUGGAGACAAUUCCGGUGGAAACGAUCGAGACCACGGUGGUCGGGGGCGACGAUGAUGACGAACACCAGCCCAUGAUCGCGCUGCAGCCGCUCGUAACAGACGACCCGAGUCAGGUCCACCAUCAGGAGGUGAUCCUGGUGCAGACCCGGGAGGAGGUGGUCGGCGGGGACGAGUCCGAUCUGCGGACAGACGAUGGGUUUGAGGACCAGAUCCUCAUCCCGGUGCCCGCGCCCGGGUCAGAGGAGGAGUACAUCGGACAGACUCUGGUCACGGUAGCCGGGAAGAGUUCCGUGGGCCGGAUGAAGAAGGGGGGAAGCGGUGGAAAGAAAGCGGGUAAAAAGACGUACCUGAGCGCUAGCGAAGCCACUGGGAGAAAAUGGGAGCAAAAACAGGUUCAGAUAAAGACGCUGGAAGGCGAAUUCUCCGUGACGAUGUGGGCGUCGGAUGAUAAAAAGGACAUUGACCAUGAAACAGUGGUGGAGGAGCAGAUUAUUGGAGAGAACUCUCCUCCAGAUUACUCUGAAUACAUGACUGGAAAAAAACUUCCUCCCGGCGGCAUCCCGGGUAUCGACCUCUCUGACCCCAAACAGCUCGCGGAAUUUGCCAGUAACAAUAGCGGCUCUUUGGGUCACACUUCAGUACGAAUGAAACCACGAAAGGUCAAAGAGGAUGAUGCACCCAGAACGAUAGCCUGUCCACACAAAGGAUGCACUAAGAUGUUCAGGGAUAACUCUGCAAUGAGGAAGCACCUCCACACCCACGGGCCCCGGGUUCAUGUGUGCGCGGAGUGCGGGAAAGCCUUUGUAGAGAGUUCAAAACUCAAGCGCCACCAACUUGUUCACACCGGAGAAAAACCUUUCCAGUGCACUUUUGAGGGCUGCGGGAAACGCUUCUCCCUGGACUUUAACCUCCGCACACAUGUACGAAUUCACACCGGAGACCGCCCAUACGUCUGUCCUUUCGAUGGCUGCAAUAAAAAGUUUGCUCAGUCUACCAAUCUCAAGUCGCACAUCCUAACACAUGCGAAAGCCAAAAACAACCAAUGAGCAGCUCUGUUCUGCAUUUUUCCUUUUACACCUGAAUCCAGCCUCAACGUGACAGCAUCUUAAAACACUGGAGGUAUGAACUGUGCUCUUCUGUAGUUCUCCUAAGGAGUGCGGAAAUGAUGACCCAAAGGACUUGGGGUUUAAUUACGGCAUAUUGUAAAAGGCACAAAGUGAAACAUUGGGAACCCCUGUAUUCUUGAAUCAGCCCGCUAAGCGUGUGGCCCUUACUGAGGAGCAGAGCACGGCCGUGUCAGGCCCAGACGCCCGUCCCACUUUGUGAUGGCUUACUGCAGCCAGCAGAAUGAUGGAACUCAUGGACACUCAUCUGUAGACAUUGCUUUUUUCCACAGUAAGGAACAAGAACAUUUUCGCAGUCCAUUUCUGUUCACUAUUACAUAAAUUUCACCAGUCUGCAUAGAUAUAGCUUUUAAUUUUGUAUUUUUCCAAGUGUGCAUAUUGUACACUUAUUUUUGGAAUGUACUUAGUAAUGCAACCUUGUGAUUUAUUCUUUAUCCCUGAGGAUUUAAGGUUUUGCUUAGGGUGUGUUCUUGAAAGGGUUGAUUAUAGUUACUGUAAGACAAUACUUCAAAAGUAUUUUAUGUAAAAAGUUAUCUUUUUUUGUUUCAUUUUCUCUUUGGUUGUAAUCUAACCAUUGAAUAAUCUUGUAUACGUGUAUUGUAUGGCUGUAUGAAGAUCAUGUAGAAAUGGACAGCUGUGUGAUUUCAAGUGUUUACUGCUUUAAAGCAUUCAGUCAUCAGUUGCUUUUUCUUUUGUCACAUGGUCUCACAUGGCAAAGAAACAUUACUUCACUUUUAAACCCAUAUAUUGAACCACAUCUCACAAUAAACCACAAUGUGAGAGUUCAUUUUUCUUUGUUUGUAAUGUAUUGUAAAGGCCUAAAUCAUGAAAUAUUCUUUGUUAAUAAUUACAUUGUCAUGUAUUUCAGUCUACAAUUAAAAACACAAAUGUC